CCGUAUUUAAUAACAAAAUGGCUCAUGCACCUUAAGCACUGAUCAGUGACAAUAAGCAGUUAUCAGCGAGCUUGAGCAAAACGAUUAUAUCAUGGAAAUUGAUAAAUUUCUGGUCACUCAGGUUUCACCAAAAGUUUUCUAUAUCCCUGAUUUUGUCUCUGAAGCUGAGGAAAAGCUGUUGCUAGAAAAGGUCUAUGAUGCUCCAAAGCCAAAAUGGACACAGCUGUCUGGUAGAAGACUACAAAAUUGGGGAGGUCUUCCCCAUCCAAAGGGCAUGGUACAAGAAGCAAUGCCACAGUGGCUGACCAAGUACACCGAUAGAGUGGCAUCAUACGAUUUUUUCGAUGGCAGGCUACCAAACCACGUUCUUGUCAAUGAGUAUACAGCUGGACAAGGCAUCAUGCCUCACGUCGAUGGUCCGUUGUUUCAUCCAGCGAUUACCACAAUUUCGCUAGGCUCACAGACGCUUCUAGAUUUCUAUCGACCAAUAACUGAUACCAUUUGUGGUGAAUCGGACCGCAUUUGUGGAAAUCAGGAGACUGAAAGUGGUUUUGAAUCUCGGUACAUUAUGUCAAUAUUGUUACAUCCGAGGAGCCUUGUGAUAUUCAAAGACGAUAUGUAUAAGGUUUAUUUGCACGGAAUCAAAGAAUCAACUACAGACACAAUUACAACUUCUGUAAUUAAUCCUGAUCCAAGAAAGCAGCUUGGCAUCGGGGAAACUCUCCAGAGAGGCACCAGAGUGUCACUAACUAUUCGAAAUGUCCCAAAGGUCCUUAGACUAAAGCUUGGUCUACAAAAAUGAUUGUUUGCCUCAAGCAGUAUCUUUGACAACAAUUAUUUAGAAAUUUAGCAUCAACUUACAGAAACUAGAGAAAACUCAUUUACUGCAAAAUGAGUAUGAUUCUUGGCUAGAUUUCAGUUAAAUUUGAAGACAACAAAUGGCAUUGAAGAUGCUUCAAUAUCGACUUCAAGACAGGAGUUUGAAAAAAGAUUAAACAAUUACCUUCAAUGUUUGGAAAGAAGAUAAGGCAAGAAGACUGGAUCAUUGAUGUGUAUCAAUUGAAAUGUAUAAUAAAUUAUAUAGCAAUUAAUUUACAAGCAAUCAUACAGGAAUAUAUUGUUACAUUCAACAAAAGCGUUCAUCGUAGAGAUUUCUAAAUGAUAUUUUCAGCAUUCAUAUACAGGCUCCAUAUUUGCACUCAAAUUGGUAUUAAAAUACCCAAGAACGGUAAGCAUGCAAGGCAGCUUUAAGCUAAUGAGCUCACAAUGACAUAUUUAUGUUAUUUUUCAUAUCAUCAUCUGCAAUAAUAGCAGGCUGCCAUUUGCACCAACGACCUUGAACUUCACUCAAAAUAAGUUUCUUCAGAGUUCAACAAGUUUGCCGAAAAGAGUGUUGGUUUGUAAGCAAUUACUCUUGCCCUUCUAUGGCUGACUCAUGGUGGGGUGAGUAGCUCUUAAAAUUUGCUAUUUGGAGUUUUUUAGAAAUGAUAGAUAUCAUUUUU